GGCCAACCGUAAAGAAUAUGGUAAAAAUCCGGAACCUUUGCUAAUAUCAUUUACUCAGAAGUAUCUUGAAGAUAAUGCCUAGCAUGAUGAAAGCAAUUGGUGUUGAAGGGGGUAAGGGGAGCGCUGAUGCUUUGUUCGUGGAUCAAAUCCCAACCCCAAGGCCUGGUGCGGGACAGGCUCUCGUUAAGAUCAAAGCAUUUGGGUUGAACCGGAUGGAUUUGUUGCAACGUGAAGGGAAAUACCCUCUCCCUCCGCAAGCCCCGAGCACCAUGGGGGUCGAGUUCUCUGGGGUGAUCGCGGAAAUUGGCACAAACACCUGGAAUGGAUUGAGGACUGGCGACAGCGUGUUUGGGCUGGCUUAUGGUGGUGCAUAUGCGGAAUAUAUUGUGGUGUCGACGAACAUGUUGAUACACAAACCUUCAGAAUUGACCUGGGAGGAGGCCGCAGGAAUUCCGGAGACCUGGAUAACGGCCAGCCAGGCGCUUUACUUGAUCGGGGAGUAUACUGCCGGGAAGUCUGUUCUCUGGCAUGCAGGGGCUUCUUCGGUAUCAAUAGCCGGAGUUCAACUUGCGAAGGUUGACAAUGCCUCAGCUGUUUAUGUGACUGCAGGUUCACAAGAAAAAAUUGAAUUCUGCGUAGGGGAACUGGGGGCGACUGCUGGUUAUAACUACAGAAGUCAGGACUGGGCCUCCGAGAUACUCAAGGCAACAAAUGGUCGCGGUGUCGACAUCAUAGUUGACUUCGUUGGCGCAGCACAUUUCCAAGGCAAUCUCGAUGUAGCCGCACAGGAUGCACAUAUUGUCCAAUUGGGCCAGAUGAGUGGCUCUAUCCUCCCAGCUAAUAGUGAUAUUAGUGGGAUUCUAAGGAAAAGACUGAGGUUCGAGGGCAGUACGCUUCGGAGCAGGGAUGAGGAAUACCAAGGGAGAUUACGUGAUCUUUUGGUGGACCAUGCUUUACCCAAGUUCAUCGACCGGACGUUCAAGGUAUUUAUCGAAAAGGUCUUUCCCUUUGAAGAGAUUGCAGAUGCCCAUAGGUUGCUUGAGAGCAACAAGACCAAGGGCAAAAUAAUAUGUACUAUUAAUUAGAUGAAACCUCGCCAAUGCGAAGAUAACCACGGCCCCCGAACCAAUAAUUGCAGAC